AUGCAGCUCAUCAUCACUCUUCUCAGCCUCGCCAGCCUUGGCGCAAACGUCCUUCCCGUUCAAUCUGCAGUGGUUCCUGUCGCUGCUGCUUUGGGCCCUCGCUAUCAAUGGGACGAUGAGGUACCACAUCGUCGCCAUGCUGAGGCAGAGUUGGACAUACCCGUCCGUCGCUCUGACUAUGCACAUGAAUACAGACGCGAUCCGGACGAGAAAGCCCACGAAUACAGGAGCGACAAUGACGAGAAGGCCCAUGAAUACCGAAGUGACAACGACGAGAGGGCUCACGAAUAUCGAAGUGACAACGACGAGAAGGCCCACGAAUACAGAAGCGACAAUGACGAGAAGGCCCAUGAGUAUAGGAGCGACCUUGACGAGAAGGCUCAUGAGUAUAGGAGCGACAACGAUGAGAAGGCCCAUGAGUACAGAAGCGACAACGACGAGAAAGCCCAUGAAUAUCGCUCAGUUGCGGACUACUGA